AUGGCACAACCCUCAAGAACACGUCCCCCUCAACAAAUAACGAGGAAUGUCUACGACCACCUCUUUCACAGCGGGUCGAGCCUCUCCAAGCUAAGAGAUGCGAUCGCAGCAGGCCGCCUCCUCCAAUCUUCAGAUGGUGGUAUCGGUGUACCAGGCAGAAGUCUAGCAUGGAAGCUGUUCCUCUUGAAGAAUGUGCCGCUGGAACCUCCGCCACACGAAAUGCCGGUACCGCCGCUCGACGCUUUACGCGCCCACCGAAAGCAGUAUUCCGAGCUGCUGCUGGAGAAGAUGCGUGCACCAGAUGGAUCUUACGAUGAGACCUUCGUUGUACCAGGACUUACCAUUCCGAGGAGGAACACCAAGCCGCCAACGGACUUGGAGACUAACAAUCCUCUCAGUUUGCAUGAUGAGAACCCUUGGAGGGAAUGGUUUGCAGCUGUAGAUCUCAGGAAGACUAUCCAGCAGGACGUUGAGCGCACCUUCCCUGACAUAGGCUACUUUCGUGACGAGGAUGUGCAGCAACAGCUCACCAAUAUCCUGUUCCUGUACGCUGUCAUGCACCCCGAUAUCGAAUACCGGCAAGGCAUGCAUGAGCUACUUGCGCCCGUAUACUAUGCUGUAGAUUAUGACUCUACUGUCGAUGAUGCUACAUCACCAUCGCAUGAAUCCGUCUUUCGGGAGGUUUGCUCGCGGGCGUGGAUCGCAGCUGAUUCGUGGGCACUUUUCUGCGCCAUCAUGGAUGGCAUCUCUCAGUGGUACGAGUGGCGCGAACCGUCAUCCGUAGAAACGUCCUCCGCGCGUGGUCAAGUGAACUUUAAGCCAUAUGUAUCGCCGAUUACUGUGGCUUCCAACCACAUUCAAAAUAGUCUUCUAAAAUCUGUGGAUCCCAUUCUUUACGGUGCGUUGCAGAGCUCAGGCAUCGAGCCUCAGAUCUAUGGUUUACGAUGGCUUCGCCUGUUGUUCACGCGUGAAAUUUCUAUGGACGACGCGAUGAUUUUAUGGGAUGGGCUGUUUGCGAGCCCAAUUGCAAUUUCUGAGCUCGCUCAGUGGAUAUGCGUAGCUAUGCUUAUUCGGAUACGAACCAAACUAAUCUCAUCGGACUAUAGUAUGCAACUAACGUACCUAUUGCGAUACCCUCCGUGUUCUCAGGUUGAAGAUGGAGCUCCGCAUCACGCAAUCCUAUUACUUCGCCAAGCGUCGUUGCUGGAAAUUUCCCGUACACCCUCCUCGGGCGCGAUUGUGAUGACUGAAAACCGCAACCUCCUAAAUAUACCCCUCGAAGUACCGGAUCCACCUGUCCAAAUGAGGCGGAGGACUCGUCCUCCAGGUCAUCAGAUGUCCUCAUCAGAUUUCCAUGGAACCUCCAGUGGACAAGGAGAGCAUAUGCGUCAAUCGCCCUCAUUCCAGAUGGGACUACCAGAAUUAAUUGCUCGAGGGCUCAUGGAUCGCGGCGAGAGCCUCGGGAUCAACAAGACCGUAAUGAAUGCCGUAUCUGAGCUAAGACGUAAUCUCCCCGAAUUAGCUGCAUCUCUGGUUCGCACGCCGUCUAUGGCAUCGGCGCCGUAUGCAGCAUAUCCAUUGCUGGACGAACAUGUGACAGAUGACAGACAUGUUUCGGAGCACGAAAGCCGCGUGGAAGCAGAACGUGCUGCAACAGAGCUGAGAGGGCAGAAUAAACGCCUCGGCGAAUCAAUUACUUGGAUACUGAGCGUUCUGCAGUCCAAGGAAUCAGCGGAAGCCACAAAUAAGGAUUCUGAGCGGAUUUCGAUGCAGCAAAAGGAAGCUCUCGGGUCACUGACUUAUAUACGGGACAUCCUAGGCGGUGAGGUCAAGGAGAUCGACGAGCGCCGUCUAUGGGGGGUGGAAGAAUACAAUAGGCGUUUGGAAGGUCAGAGCGAGCAGGAGUCUAGGGAGCCGUCUGCCUCUCAACCAAGACAACGGUCGAUGACGACCUCUCCUAUCCUCAGUGUUACACCAAAUACAAACGAGCACCCACCGCCACCAGUGCAGCGGGAAGUUCGACAUUUUUCUCCAAACACACCCGCGGUCGGGAUUCUUCGGACAACGACAUCCGCUCCUUUGAACUCUUCUUCGAUGGCCUUGAGGAUUUCUACGGCACCGUUGAUUCAUAAUCGCUCUCAGUCAUCGACUGCGUUGUUCCCCACCAAGCCGAUUACGAUGCAACGGACACCCCUUCGCUUAUCAUCCAACAAUCCUUUCCAACGCACGCCUGAGACAGGCGGGAUCCCGCCUGCGGCAGUCGCAAGCGAUCAAACUCCGAAGGUCCGAAGUGAAGUGCAGCAUGAUCCGCUGGGAGUUCUCAAGUAG